GAUGAUGAUUCUGGCGUAGUCGCUUGACUGCUGUACAGGCAGUGGGAGCUUCACGCUGCCUUUCUCGGGAAGCGUACGAGCGAAAUAUAGACUAAGUCAGUUCCAGAAGAGCCUUCAUUUAUUCCCAUCCAGUCGUUUGGGCUAUCAGUCCGGCUAUUGCGCGCGCAUGCGUGUUUCCUUAUUAUAAUUGUGAGCUUAUUUUUUUUAACACCAUAAUUGUUUAAAUAAAUAUCAGACACAAUUACAACAUUUUUUUAAGCGUUGAUUAAACGUAAAAAAACCCACUACCGUCGUGUUUUGAUUUAUUUAUUGUUAUCGAGAUACACGUAAAAAAUUCUCGAUUGUACACAAUCAAAUCUCUCGCGAGGAUUUUUUUUCCUCCCAUUUGCAGAUACAUUUUUUUCCCUUGGGUAUCAGAACAGCGAAUUAUGCUGUAGCGACACACACGCGCACAGACACGUACACACAACGCACGCACCGAGAGAGAGACCACCAACCACCAUCACCGCAGCAGCAGCGUUCGCGCACACGGCGCAGGGCAGGCAAAGGAGGAGGAGGUGGUGGUGGUGCCUUCGGUGAUCUUCCUCUCUCAUCUCGCCGCGCUCCGCUGUGCAAAAUCCGCGAUGCCGUCGAGGGGCUAUGGCAGCCUGACCACGGUGCUGCUGCUGCUUCUGUUGGGCUGCGUAGCCGUCCUCGGAGCUCAUGGAGCGAGCGACGGGGGCGACGAGCCGAUCCCCACGGCAUCCUCCUCCACGUCCCCGGCCACGUCUGCCACGGAGGACGACGAGGCCUCGGUGCUCACGGUGACCUCGGUGACCUCCAGCCAGACGGUGCAGCCCAGCUCCGGCACGCAGCGGAUGCAGCCGGGGCUGCCGGCCAUCGCCAGCGGCUCGGCGCUCUCUGACCUCGUGCACCGCUCCCUGCUCAAGAAGGACUUCCUGGGCCGCGAGCCGUUCUUCAGCCAGCAGAACGCCGGCCGUCUCGUCGCGUCGCUCGAGAGCGCCAAGCGGGAGGGCGGCCGCUUCACGAACCCCCGCGACCCCGAGAGCGCCGACAAACCCGCCGGCGAACAGCACGGCCGCGAUGACGACGACAAUGACAACAACAACCGACGCGACGACGGUCACGGCAGCGACGACGGCAAUGACAAGGAGGCCCUGGCGGCCGCCAUGGCGACCACGGUGCUGACCACCACGGUCACCACGCCGACGCAGCAGACCAAGCUCCAGAUUUCCAACUCCGGGCAGACGGCGGCAGCGCCGGCGGUGGCAACGGCGGUGGCGGUGGCAUCGGCGGCGGCAGGCACGACGUAUGGAACCACCACUGAAGUUCUCACCACGGCUCGCAGCGCCGGCGCGGCGGGGCCCGUCGCUCGGCACGGUGGCGGCGGCGUCAUCCCGGCUCACACGACGGCCAAGCGGCAGGACGCCACCUGGGCCACGCGCGCCCCGGCCCAGCCGACCCUGCCCACUGAGCCGCCGGGCGACUACGCAGCUACGCACGCGCGCACCCGGCUCGUCACUGCCGCGGACCCCACGGGGACGACGCGCGAUGCCGUCGGCAAGGCCCUGGCCGACGAGGAGCGACGCGGCCCGGAGGAGCCGGAGCGCGGCGACGACGUCACUCCGCCGGGCGAUGGGGCGACUAGGAGUGGCAGCCUUGCCGCUCUGAGCGCAGCCGCCACCACCGGCGCCGCCGCCAUUGCUACAAACGAGGGCGGUGAUGGCAAAGCUGCUCCCACGGCAGCGGUUGGCGUAGAGGAGCGUCCGACCGAAACGAGUCCCGUGGCUGAGGCGGUGCUGCCGGAGAUGGACAAGGACGAGUCGCUGGGGGUCGCGACCGAGGCGGUCGGACGGCCGGAGGUCACCGCGACCGUCGCUGCUGCUACUGCCGCCGCCGCCGCUGCGGAGGAAGAGGAGGAGGACGACGCUCUGUCGAGCGACGUUCACCCGGACAGCGACGCGGCCACGUCCGCCGUGACCGAUGCCGACGAGGAGACGACCACCACCACCAUCAUCACCACGACCAUCAUCACCACCGUGCAGACGCCAGUGCCGUGCAACAUGAACUACACAGGCCCCGACGGCUACAUCGACUCGCCCGAUUCGCCGGGGUUUCCCUACUUCAGCAGCCUGGACUGCACCUACACCGUGACGGUGUACACCGGCUACGGCGUCGAGCUGCAGGUCAAGACCCUGAACCUGGUGGAGGGUGAAGUGUUGUCCAUCUACAGCAUCCUCGACGGCCGCCCCCUCGUGCUGGCCAAUCAGACGCUGCUCGUCGAGGGCCAGGUGAUCCGGAGUCCGACCAAUCAGGUGUCGGUUCAUUUCCAGAGUUUCCAGAUCGGAGUCCCGGGCUCGUUCCGAUUCCACUACCAAGAGUACGUGCUGAGCUGCCCCGUGCCGGGGAAGCCGGCGUUCGGCGAGGUGUACGUGAGCGGCCUGCACCCCGGCGGCAAGGCCUACUUCCACUGCAAGGCCGGCUACCAGCUGCGUGGCCAAAGCAUCCUCACCUGCGUCAACAGCACCCACCCGGGCUGGGACGCCACUGAACCCCUGUGCUUAGCGAUGUGCGGUGGCCUCAUCCGGAACGCGUCCGUGGGGCGCAUCCUCUCGCCCAACUUCCCGGCCAACUACACCAACAACCUGACGUGCGUGUGGCUCAUCGAGGCACCCGACGGCCAGCGGCUGCACCUGCACUUCGAGAAGCUCGCCCUGGCCGAAGACGACGACAGGCUGAUCGUGCGCAACGGGAACACGUCGAGCGCCGUGCCGCUCUACGACUCGUACGAGACGGAGUACUUCCCCGGCGAGGGCGUCAUCAGCACGAGUCGCUACUUCCGCCUGGAGCUCACGACCGACAACGUCGGCACGGCACCGGGAUUCGCCGUGCGAUACGAAGCGUUCGAACGCGGCCGCUGCUACGAGCCGUACAUCCAGUACGGCAACUACAGCAGCUCGGACCCGCUCUACUCGGUGGGCACCCUGGUGGAGUUUGCGUGCCACCCCGGCUACACGCUGGAGCAAGGAACCCCCGUCAGCGAGUGCCUGGACAUCCGCGAGCCCUACUGGAACCAGACUGAGCCCAUCUGCCGUGCGCUGUGUGGCGGCGACGUCACCGGGUCGCACGGAAUCAUCCUCUCCCCCAACUACCCCGACAUCUACGACGAGGGCCAGGACUGCAUCUGGGGCGUGCGUGUGCGCGAGGGGCGGCGCAUCCUGCUGGAGAUACAGCUGCUGGACAUCGGCAGCACGGACUCGGUGACGAUCUUCGACGGCGACGACCUGACGUCGCGGGCCCUGGGACAGUACGCCGGCACGCACCACCGCUUCCGCGUCUUCACCACGGGCUCUGAGGUCACGGUGCAGUUCCUGUCCGACCCCGCGGGGCCCAUCCCCGGCAGGGGUCGUGGCUUCGUCGUCCACUACUCCGAGGUCGUGCGUAACGACACGUGCUCGCCGUUGCCCGACGUGACGCACGGCUGGAAGACGCUGUCUCACGCUGAGCCGAUUCGCGGCACGGUGGCCACGUACCAGUGCGAGCCGGGCUACGACAUCCUGGGCACCGACAUUCUCAUGUGCCAGUGGGACCUCUCCUGGAGCACCGACCCGCCCUCCUGCCAGCGCGUGCAGUACUGCUCGGACCCCGGCGUGACGGAGCACGGCCGGCGCGUGCUCUCCGACUCGCGCUUCCUCGUCAGCUCCACCGUGCAGUACGGCUGCGACCGUGGCUACCAGAUGGAGGGCGGCUCACUGCUCACGUGCCACGCGCGCGACACCGGCAGCCCCAAGUGGAGCGCGCCGGCGCCGCGAUGCGUCCCCGAGGUGUUCGACCCGUGUGUGAACCCCGGCAUGCCGGAGAACGGAUACCAGCUGCUGUACAAGCAGCUGUACCAGCCGGGCGAGCUGCUGCGCUUCUCCUGCCUGGACGGCUUCCAGCUGGUGGGCGACGUGAGCGUGCGCUGCCUGCCCGGCCACCCGUCCCGCUGGAGCGGCUCGGCCCCCAAGUGCCAGGUGGCAUACACGGAGCACCACACUGACCCGAAAUCUGAAGUUGCCAAGACGAGCGAAUCGGGGGUGCAGAAGCCCGGCCGUGACAUCGUGGUGGCCAUCACCAUCCCCGUGGUCAUCGUGGGUCUGCUCAUCGGAGGGAUUUACGUUUACUUCACCAAGCUGCGCGGGAAGUCGUCCCUACGCGUGCCGCUCACGAGCUCGCACUCCUACGCUCGCCUCCCAGACGAGGCCGUCUUCGACAAUCCCAUCUACGAGAUCGGAGACACCCGGGAGUACGAGGUCUCCAUCUAGGGCGGGCGGGAUGGCUCCGCGGGGAGACGAGCGGCACCACUCUCUCCCACGACAUCGCCUCACUGGCCGGCGCGGCCUUACGCAGAGCCCCGGGCACAACGCGCCCCCGCUGCCCCCGCCGCCCCUGCCGCCGCCGCCGCCACCACCCGCCUGCCCGCGACAUCAUUCGUGUAAUCGGUCGCAUUACGUAGGAAUCCGCUAAACCGUUCUGAGCAGUUUGCAAGCGCCGCCGUCUUCACACCCCGCACUGGCACGCAAGUGGUGGGUAAGGUCACACGCCUCCUUCUCCUGCAAAGCUUUACAGCGCAGAGCCGUCUGCCGCACAUCGUUUGUGAAGUCUUUUGGUUUACAGCGUUACCGUCGCUCGCCGGCUCUGGCGUCGGGCCCUCUCUUUGCGCCGACAUCCCCCGAGCUCCGGGGGGGGGGGGGGUGGGAAUAGGAGAGAGUUUUAUUUAUUUAAUGUGCGGGAUUCAAUGGCUACCUUACCAAACUUGCUGAAACACAAAUGAGAGAAGAAUCGAGCGAGCGAGUCAAAUUGAGAAAAAUCGAAUAACGCUGAGCUUUUGUAACGAGACAUUUUUCACAUUCGCUGGAUGUUUGGGUCGCCGCCACGCUCAACGCCGCACGAGCAGCGGUCCCCGCUGAGCGACGUGUCAGAUCCCUCACUGCGCCACCCCCCCCACACCCCGUCUGGCGAGGAGAGGCGUUUCUCAUUUUAGGGAGAUGAUUUAGUUUUGCCGUCUUCACGAUGAACGCGUCGUUAGCGCGAGCCUUGCUCACCCCGCAGAAUAUAAUAUUAUACGGUAACCUGUGACUCGCGAGCACUUAGUAGCCUGUGAUCGUGAUUGUGUGCUUUACCUGCGAAUUUACAGCGAAUUAGCAGCUUUUACGGCUCGAGUUAACUGCAACCGUUUUCCAAAAAAACAAGAAUUAUCGGUGGAAUUUUUACGAUGACCGACAACGUCUGGCAACUUAGUUUCACGAAAACCACAUGUCACUUUUUUUGAUGUUCCGACAACUAUCUUAACUGUUCCGGGGUUUUUUUGUUGUUGUUGUUAAGCACGAGUAAGAAAAAAAAGAUUUAAGAAAAAGGGGCCGUAAAGCCCUGAACGUUUUAUCUUAAUCACAUUUAAACUUCAGGUGAGCUCGAGUAAGCAUGCAUGCUCUACUGUAACGCCGAGUCUCGUGUACUUCAGUCCGUUACAAUGUUUUACGAACCGAGCCGUGUUACCACUUUUACGAAACUGUAUGGCACCUCCGCACCGCUUCUGGCACACAACCGCCCCCACCUUAGCACUCAUUCCAGCAACUUUCCCCCUUUCCCCUCGUGUGUUCCGCCAAUUCGAAACCUUCUUGAUCUUUCUGUUUUUCCCAUUUCGCGUAGGACCGCUUCCCCGUCUCUCCCCCCCCCCCCCCCCCCCCCAUGCCCUCAUCCACCGCCGCGGCAUUCGCCGUAGUUCUUCGCUAGGUAGUUUUUUGGACGGGCGAGCGAGUGGGCGAGCGAGCGGGCAAGCACGUGCCGAGACUCGCCGCUCCGCCGCCCCCUUGUGCUCCCAUCCGCUUGUAAAUAAGCAGGGCACGUCUUGUGGGAAAGAGGCGCCGUCGGAUGUGACCGACAGGUUUAAGAAACAGACCGCUCGAUUAAUCCGAACCCCGAGGAGAGGAAAAAGCAACGAAGAUGGCCCGAACCGUCUUUGGGUGAACACAACUUGAAGGGCGCGCAUCCGAUCCGUUGAUCUUUUGUUUGAAACCCGUCGUGAACGCGAGAAGGCCCACGUCUUCUUUGCAUUGCAGAGUUAGGACGGCGCGAGGUUGCCCGAACCUCGCCCUUCACUGGCCGGGGUUGGGGGCCGGUGGAUGGCCACGCCAAUUCGGCGUGGUACGGUGUUGUCGGGCGCUGGAAUUUUUUCCCCCAAGGCGAGCCCACGGUUCCAUCGUUUCUUGAGGCUCAUUUGUCCGGCGUGGCUUUCAAGUGUCGCUGUUUGUUAUGAUGAUGAUGUGAUCUCUUAUUUAUUGAUUAACUGAAUAAAUUAUGCCGGUUUUGUGUGUA